AGCUGUAGUCAAACAAACAAAAUGGCGGGUUCGUCGAAAAGCCGAGGAGGGUCUGGAAAAAUGGAAAAUAUUAUGGAGAGUGAAAAUAACCGAAUGGUGGAUAACCUUGCCAGCAAAGUCUCACGAUUAAAAGGAAUUGCCAUUGAUAUCGAAAGAGAAUCAAAACAACAAAAUGAUUAUCUUGGUGGAAUGGGUGAUGACUUCGGGAGUGCCUCAGGGUUGCUUGGUGGAAGUGUGCAAAGGCUCUCUAACAUGAUGGGUGCUGGUAAAUCCAACAGAAGGCUCAUGUGUUACCUCAUAACUGGACUUGUAUUCAUCUUCUUUGUUCUUUAUUACGGGCUUGGAAAAAUAGUGCGGUAAUGCAAGAAAUUAUGGACAAUUGUAUAAGGAGAUUUUUAUCAUUGAUGAUUUUUCAUCAUUUAUCAUUUGGAAAGCACCUUACAUUGCUAAGUCCAGUAAUGUUUACCUGUUUGCACAUCUAAAUGUUGAAAGAUGCUUUGUCAGCAUUUCCACAGUCUUGUGUAAAACAGAAUGUGGAUUACAACAUGUGGGUUCUCAGAAUACUUGUUUGAAAUAGGUGUACAUUAUUUGAUCAUCCUCUUGUCUAGUGUUCUUAUAGCGUUAUAAAACUUUAUUACAUAUCAGAAGGGGUCUGCCCAGACCCUUCCCCAUAUCUACCAUGUUACUUCUAGCUUGUUUUCGUGUUAUUCUUGUAAUCCAGUAAAGCUAUGGCAUAUGAUCCAUAUGAACCACACAAUCAUGGUCUACCCAAUUGUAACAAAAUGAAUUUUCUCUGCUAAUAACAUUACAAGGUGACCUUCAAGGUA